AUGAAAACGAUAGCAGUUCCCUAUGAUGAGAAUAAUGAUGAUGAUGAUUCGGAUGAUGAUGAUGAUGAUGAUUCGGAUGAUUCGGAUGAUGAUGAUGAUGAUGAUAACUGUGAUGAGAAAACUGGACAAUGCGCCAUGGAUUAUCUCCGUCCGAAUGUGUUGUCAAGUGUUGCUCCCGGUUACUCUCUGCGUGUUUACCCUGCCAUGUACUCUCGUGUACUGACUAACGCUAUUCGUUGGUCCGAAUCGUGA